UCGGCAGUGCUAUGGUGUCGGUGCUGCAGUAACGUGAUGAUGUGAACAGUCGCCGUGAUGUGGCUCCCGGCGCUCUUCUCCGUCUCCAGUGUCCUGGUGCUGUCAGCCGGCAAUGACGUGAAGGACCCCGACGCGGUGUUCGCGGUGAACAACGUGACGGACGCGGACACGACAGUCCAGCCGACCUUCGACAACACCACCAAGCGCGACUACACCGCCGCCGUCGGACAACCGGCCUACCUACACUGCAGGGUGAAAAAUCUGGGAGACCGAUCGGUAUCCUGGAUCCGGAAACGGGACCUCCACAUCCUGACAGUGGGUGUGCACACAUACAGCAGCGACGCGCGAUUCGCGGCGCUACACACUGACGGCUCGGACGAAUGGACGCUGCGGGUUGCGCACGCGCAGCCGCGCGACUCCGGCGGCUACGAGUGUCAGGUGUCCACCGAGCCUAAGAUCAGCCAGUCUUUCUGGCUUACUGUAGUAGUAUCAAAGGCGGAGAUCUUGUCGGGUCCGGAGCUGUUCGUCAGAGCCGGCUCCGACAUCAACCUAACCUGCAUCGCCCGUCAUGCGCCGGACCCACCCAGUUUCAUCUACUGGUACCGGGGUACCAACGUGGUGAACUACGCGCAGCGCGGCGGCAUCAGCGUUGAGACUGAGCAGAGAACCCGCACCAGCCGCCUGCUGAUAGCUCGGGCUUCGCCCCGGGACUCCGGGAACUAUACGUGCGCGCCAAGUAGCUCAGAUUCAGCGUCAGUCGUGGUCCAUGUGGUAAGCGGCGAGCGACCAGCGGCAAUGCAGAGCAACGCUCUCAAAACCACCCCCGCGCUGCCCCUGACUCUCAUACUAACCAUCAUCUUCAGUCAAAGCAGAAACGUACUAGCCGAAACCCUCUACGCUAUCCAGACAUUCCUUCCCAGAUUAGACAUAAACAUAUUAAAAUAUAUAACGAGAUGACGCGUAUACCUAUGAUUAAAUCGUAAUUAGGAUCGAACGAAUUAUAGUGGAGUAAUUAACGUUUUUCUAUAAGUCGAUUAGUCCCGGGCGCCAUUUUGAAUGUUUUGACAGCUGUCAGAUUUAAAAUGAAGUGACAAUAACACGUGAUUACGUAUUUUUUCAU